AUGGUGAAGAUUGGAAUCAACGGAUUUGGACGUAUUGGCCGUCUGGUGACCCGCGCCGCCAUCGCUGGAGGCAAAGUUCAAGUCGUGGCCAUCAACGACCCCUUCAUCGACCUGGAGUACAUGGCCUACAUGUUCAAGUACGACUCCACCCAUGGCUCUUGGAAGCAAGGAGAAGUGAAGACAGAAGGUGGCAAACUGGUCAUCGGCAACCAUAAAAUCACGGUUUUCCAAGAGAGAGACCCGGCCAACAUCAAGUGGGCCGACGCUGGAGUGGAUUAUGUUGUGGAGUCCACCGGUGUGUUCACCACCAUCGAGAAGGCUUCUGCUCACCUGAAGGGCGGAGCAAAAAGAGUCGUGAUCUCCGCUCCCAGUGCCGACGCCCCCAUGUUCGUCAUGGGCGUGAACCACGACAAGUACGACAAGUCCAUGAAGAUCGUCAGCAACGCUUCCUGUACAACCAACUGCCUGGCUCCCCUGGCCAAGGUCAUCAACGACAACUUCGGCAUCGUUGAGGGUCUCAUGAGCACCAUCCACUCCGUCACCGCCACCCAGAAGACGGUCGACGGUCCCUCGGGUAAGAUGUGGAGAGACGGGCGAGGGGCCGCCCAGAACAUCAUCCCGGCCUCCACCGGCGCUGCCAAGGCUGUGGGCAAAGUGAUCCCUGAGCUGAACACAAAGCUGACUGGUAUGGCUUUCCGAGUCCCGACCCCCAACGUGUCUGUGGUCGACCUGACUGUCCGUCUGGAGAAGCCUGCAACGUAUGAUGACAUCAAGAAGGCUGUGAAGGCGGCUUCUGAGGGACAAUUGAAGGGAAUCCUGGGAUACACAGAAGAUCAGGUUGUGUCGACGGACUUUAACGGCGACAGUCACUCCUCCAUCUUUGAUGCUGCAGCUGGCAUCGCUCUGAACGACAAGUUUGUCAAGUUAGUUUCAUGGUACGACAAUGAGUUCGGCUACAGCAACCGUGUGUGUGACCUGGUGCAGCACAUGUUCUCCAAAGAGUAACUUUCUGCUUCCUUGUCCUGAAAUCUGUAACUGGAUGCUCUGACCUCCAGAGCAAUCCUCCUUUUGUUAAAUUAAAUUAAAAUAUUUCAGCAUCAAAGAUUGAUCAGAUUCUCCAUCACUGAACUCUAAACUACUGAAUAGUUUUAUUGCACUUCACCUCUUGUCCACCUAGAGUUUUUUUUCUGAAUGUUUAAUAAAAACCUUUGGGAUGAA